CAGCCAUUACUCCGCGAUGGUGACUGCAGGAGGCAACACGUAAAAAAAAAAAAAAAAAAAAAAAAAAAAAAACAUUCACACGCGACGAAAUUUGGAUUUACAGGAUCUCACCUUUGCGCGCAGGUGUCACAGUGAAGGAGUUUCUACCUCUCGCCCCCGGCGUGUGCUUCAUCUCCUCCGCAUCUUUAGUUGCUGUACUUUAGCUUUGUGUGGUGUUAGGUUAGUUUUUUGGGGGGCUGUGUUUGUGUUCAGAUGACGGCGCAGGUAGACUACCUGGUGGUGCUUUUCACCGCCACAUCUGGCGCGUGCGGAGAGCUGCUUGGAUCUGACGAGAAGGAGCUGGUGCAGUUGGUUUGGCAGCUGGUGGAUGUAAAGAACAAAAAGUUGGGCAAGGUGAAUGAGCUCCUCAUUAAGCCUGACCUCUCAGACUUGACAGAAGAAAAAGAGGAGGAGGAGGAUGUUGUGGAGGAGAGUGUGGAAGAGGAGAAUGGAUCUGGGGCAGAAUGUGUGUCCACGGCGAGAAGUGUUGACGCAGCUUUAAACCUGUUCCACAUACAACUGACAAACGAGGUGAACAGCAUGGGCGCAGGCACGUCUGUGUGUUUGUGUACGGACGGGCAGCUCCACAUCCGUCAAGUGAUUCACCCCGAGGCCGCGAGCAAGAACAUCCUGGUCCCGGACUGUUUCUACUCUUUCUUUGACCUUCGCAAGGAGUUCAAGAAGCACUUUCCCACAUCUGACCUCAAGGCUCUGAAUUCACACAUCAUGGCGGAGUCUCUUAGUAUACCUGCUGACGUGCCCACCAUGUGGGAUCCCUCAGCCACUCUGGAUCCAUCAGCCAUAAUGCCUGCGGAAGUAGUCGUACAGCAGGUCCAGCUUAUGGCCAGCAUUGUUCUUGCACUGCUUUCUGAGCCAUUAUACCACACAUUUUCUAACCCGGAAAGAGUUAGUGAGAAGUUUGAGACUGGCACUUGCAGUAAGAUGGAGAAAGUGUGCGACAACACAGUGAUCAGAGCCAGGGGGUUGCCAUGGCAGUCCUCUGACCAGGACAUAGCUCGAUUCUUCCGAGGCCUCAACAUCGCCAAAGGAGGGGCUGCACUGUGCCUUAACGCUCAGGGGAGGAGGAACGGAGAAGCUCUCGUUCGUUUCGUCAGUGAAGAACACAGAGACCUGGCGCUGCAGAGACACAAGCACCAUAUGGGCAACAGAUACAUAGAGGUUUAUAAAGCAACAGGCGAGGACUUCCUGAAGAUAGCAGGAGGUACCUCCAAUGAGGUAGCAAUGUUCCUGUCCCGUGAGGACCAGAUCAUAGUCAGGAUGCGAGGCCUCCCGUUCACCGCCACGCACGAGCAGGUGCUCACCUUCUUCUCGACCGGCGACGGCCUUAAAGACAUGUGUCCGGUCAGCGGAGGGAAGGACGGCAUCCUGUUCGUCCGCUACCCAGAUGGCCGCCCCACCGGCGACGCGUUCGUCUUAUUUGCCUGUGAGGAACACGCUCAGUGCGCUCUGAGGAAACACAAAGAAAUCCUGGGGAAAAGAUAUAUCGAGCUCUUCAAAAGUACAGCGGCAGAGGUCCAACAGGUGUUGAACCGGUACUCAUCGGCCCCUCUGAUCUCCGUGGCCCCUGCGCCGCUGGUGUCGAUGCUGCCCACAGUUUCUCUCCUGCCCCCUCCUGGUGGGGUGAGGGACUGUCUGAGGCUGAGGGGUCUGCCUUACACGGCGAGCAUAGAGGACAUCCUCACCUUCCUGGGCGAGUUUACACAUGAUAUCAGACCGCAUGGUGUGCACAUGGUCCUCAACCAGCAGGGUCGUCCGUCGGGUGACUGCUUCAUCCAGAUGACUUCGGCGGAGCGGGCGCUUCAGGCCUCGCAGCGGCUCCACAAGCACGUGAUGUCCAGCCAGCGGGGGGCAAACAGCCGCUACGUGGAGGUGUUUCCCUGCAGCGCUGAUGAGAUGGGCCUUGUGCUGAUGGGAGGCUCGCUCUCACACACGCACACACACACACACACCCGGAGCAGGAGUGGGACAGGGCUCAGCCCGCCGCCAUGUAAGUCCAGACGUUUAUCUCCACCAUCCUACUCCUUCACCGCUGCUCCACAAGUCCUGCCCACGGAGGCCGCUGCUGCUCUCUAUCCUCCCAUUGGGCAGGUGUUGCUAACCCCUCGGCCUCUGCCGCCAGGACAUGCCUACUACCCCGCCUCAGCCCAGCUGUACAUGAACUACGCCGCCUACUACCCAAGCCCACCUGGCUCACCCACCGCCAUAGGCUUCUUCCCUUCCCCCUCCUCGCUCUCCUCUCCCGGAGGCUUGGUGCGCAUGCCAGGUCUGACCUAUAACAACAAUGGAGUCAAAGACCUCAUUAAUGCAGUGCAGGGAUACCAGUACGCUCCCGAGGAUGCUCUCGUGCACGCCCAAGGGCCUGUGCACAUUCACGACCCGACCAGGACAUUGCUUACACAGCCCAAAGAAUGGGUGUGUAUUUAAGGUGUCUGAGGCAGGUGGCAGGGUCCCGCAGAGUCCGCUUCUUUCCUGAGCAGCAGUCUGAUCGGUCAGUCCAGCGGAGGGGACGCGUCUCUCAUGUCCUUCCCUGCUCUCAUGACCAAGCCAGGGGGGCAGUACCUGGAUCUGACCCUGCUGUAGGAUCACACAUAUACAAAGGUCAUAUGACAAUCUGGUAUAUGUCACAGACUUGUUAGAUUUUUUUUCUUUUGUUUGUUUUUUAAAUCUAGUCUUUUAGAUGUGUUAUUUAUAUCUUUAGUAACAGAAAUUAUUGUAUUUUAUACCAAAUUCAUCGUGGCCUUAGCCAAAAAAAUAGCAGUUUUGUGUUAUAUUGCACAUUUUAAAAGCUUUAUAUAGAUUUUUUUAACCUUUUAUGAAAUUAUAAUCAUUAUGAUAUAUGUGCUAGCCAAACUAGAGAAAAAACAACCCAGUAGCAUUUGAGAUAAAUCCUUUCUUUAAGCUUUUCUGUGAAGAGUGAAUGUGUGCGUACAAGUGUUAGAGAUGAGAAUGAGUAUUAUGCAUGGCUGUUAUCUGUCAAAGCAGUACGUUUCAUGUGUUUAUAUGCAUUUUAUACAGUACAUAGUGAUUGUAUUGGAAGCUUUAGUGCAUGAAGAAGUUAGUAGUAAAAACUUUUAAGAUGUUUACAUAAUGCCAAAUAUCAAUGCACUGCUAAUCAAUAAGACUACUAAUAAAUGUAAUAGCAGUAUCUUUGAAUUAUAUGUUACACUGUGAGUUUGUCAGUUACAUAAAAUGUGACAUCUCACUCUACAUUGGCCCCGCCCCCUAAACACACACACACACACACACACACACACGUUAUGUGCACUGUAUGGGUAUGUUUCCCUGUUGUGUUACACCAAUGUUGUCUUGCCUUUUGUUUUGGACUUGACUGGACAGGGGACAGCCCCAGUUCUCUGUACGUUAACCACAAGUUUGCAUCCGUAAAAAGGAGCCACGCCACACACUCUCAGCCUUCUGGGUAAAUCUCAUCAGUCCGAGAUGGUCUAUGACCAAUUUAACUACAGAUUAAGCUUCAGGUCUCCCAGUCCUCCACACUUUCCUUGUCUUCUUUCCAGCAUCUGCUCUGAUAUCGGAGAAUGUGAUCAAACAAAUGUUCAUCAUAUUUUAACCUGGUCACUCAUCACAGUUGUAAAGGAAACAAAUAUGACAUGUAUCUUGUCGGUUUAAUUGCCCCCUGUGCCCUGCAGAGUUGCGGUCUGGGCUCCAUGUCUCCAUGUACGCAUGUCUGACAGUAGGAGUUACUGCUGUUCAGGAUGUCCUGCUGAAAAAACAAUAAACGUAACAUGUGAAGUUU